UGGUCAACGCCGCCCGCGCCAUGACGAUGACCGCCGUCACCGUCAUGAUGACCAUGGAGUGCCACCUCCUGGAGGGUACCGCGGGAGGCGAGAUGACGACGGAGGUGAGCGCAGGGGACGGGGAAAGCAACGUGAUGGCCUAGGAAAAGAAAGGCUAGCGGCUGGGACGUCCAUGCGCCGGGUUAUGAGCAAUACACGGCAAUGCAGGCUAAGCAAACCGGUCUUUUCAACCUGCCUGGCGCUAAUCGUACCCAAAUCCCACCUAUCCUUGCCAUUCCAGGUCUGCCGCCACCCAUGCCCGUGCAAACAUUCGGAAUGGGCAUCGGCAGUAACCCUAACCUCUCCAGACAGUCGCGCAGAUUGUACAUUGGCAGCAUCACUCCGGAGAUCAACGAACAAAAUCUAGCAGACUUCUUCAACUCGAAGAUGAAGGAGAUGGACAUCGGUACUGGGGGACCAGGAAACCCCGUUCUAGCUGUGCAGUGCAAUUACGAGAAGAACUACGCGUUUGUUGAAUUCCGUAGCGCUGAGGAUGCAACAGCAGCGAUGGCCUUUGAUGGAAUUAUCUUCAUCAACGGACCUCUCAAAAUCCGUCGUCCUAAGGAUUAUGGCGGCCCUGACGGAAUGGGCCCCAACAUGCAUGUUCCUGGCGUUGUCUCCACUAACGUCCCCGAUUCUGCCAACAAGAUCUUUGUUGGCGGCCUGCCAACCUAUCUUAAUGAAGAACAGGUCAUGGAGUUACUCAAGAGUUUCGGCGAGCUCAAGGCAUUCAACUUGGUGCGUGAAAACGGCAACGGACCGUCCAAGGGUUUCGCCUUCUUCGAGUAUGUGGAUGAAGAUGUUACAGAUGUCGCAAUUCAAUCCCUCGGUGGCAUGGAGCUCGGCGACAAGUACCUCGUCGUCCAACGCGCCUCCGUGGGUGCAAAGCCCGGCCAAUCCCCCAUCCCAGGCAUGUACGACCAGGUCGAGAUCCCGCGGCCCAUCCUCCCUGCCGGCGACACGGACGGUUCGGACGCGCGCAUCCUGCUCAUGCUGAACAUGGUCGUGCCCGAGGAGCUCACCGACGACCAGGAAUACGCGGACCUGUACGAGGACAUCAAGGAGGAGUGCGCCAAGUUCGGCGCGGUAGACGACCUUCGGAUACCGCGCCCUGUCAAGCGCGACAAGGCCGGCUGGGGCGACGGCGGGCGCGAGAGCGCGAUCGCCGCGCAGCGUAUGGACGAGGCUUCGGGUGUCGGCCGCGUGUACGUCAAGUAUGUGCAGUCGCACAGCGCGGGGCAGGCACUGAAGUCGCUCGCGGGGCGGAGCUUCGCGGGCCGCAGUAUCAUCGCGACGCUGCUCUCGGAUGACAGCCAGACGACGCCCCCGCUGAACAUCAUCUUUGCUCCUCAGCCAGACGCCCCGCCUCCGUUGCCGCAGGACUGAGCAAGUAAUCCGGGCCCCAAUGUACUAGGGCUGCGGGCUUUCUUGAACGUACUCGUCUUCGCUGUAUUUAUCUGCUGCCUCUGUGUCGUGAUCGACCUUGUCCUGAACGUGAUGACGGCGCGCUCCGAUGUUCCUCUGGCUGGUGUCUGUGCACAGGUUCGCGGG